AUGGUGGGUUUAAUUGUUCGGAGGGGACAGACACUGAAUGUUGUGAAUCACUUCAUCAAUCAAUUCUUGAAUAUACCUUAUGCUGAGCCCCCGGUGGGCCCACGAAGGUUCAGUCCACCACAACCUCUCAAAACACCUAAACAAGAUAUUAUUGAUGGCACAAAACCAGGAAAUUCCUGCAUUCAAGACACAACACUGUUUGCAUCGAUGGGUGUAGUAUUCAAGACAAGUGAAGAUUGUUUAGCUCUCAAUAUAUGGACACCAUUUGUGAACAAUAAUAAGCAAACAAAACAAGAGUUAAAACCUGUUAUGUUUUAUAUCUACGGGGGAGCACUUAGUGUUGGAUCAAGUUUUCAAGAUACUCUUAAUGGAGGUGUUUUGGCCACCAAUGAUGUGGUCAUUGUUUCCGUUAACUAUAGACUCGGACCCUUAGGUUUCCUAUACGGUGGCGAUCAUACCAGUCCUGGAAAUCUUGGCUUUUAUGACCAGUUAUUAGCUCUUAAAUGGGUUAGAGAAAACAUACAUUUAUUUGGUGGGAAUAAGGAUGAAAUUACUAUAAUUGGUUGUAGCGCCGGUAGUUGGUCCGUAUCGGCACAUGUAUUGUCGCCGUUAUCUAAGGGUCUGUUUAAGAGGGCUAUUAUGGAGAGCGGAUCCGUUUUAUAUAAUAAGGACAGACCGGCGCUCAGUACUGUUGAGGGCCUCCAAAGGGCUAAGAAUUUGGCAAAAAGUCUUAAUUGCGAUGAAUAUGACUACAAAUGGUUGGACUGUUUGCGAGCCAUUGAUGACCCAAACCUUUUCAUAGAGUAUCCCAUAAAUGGAAAUAUGAUUGAAUUCACUCACGCCGUGUUUGGCACUCAAUUUCUACCCGUUUUACCACAAAAAGCAUUUAAAACUAAUUUAUAUAAUAAUGACAUUGAGUUAAUGGUUGGUGUGGCUAAAGAUGAGGGACCGGUGCUAACAAUGUGUCUUUUCCCCGAAAUGAGAGCACCGGGACUAACGGUUGAGGUGUUUAGAGAAUUAGUGAAGAGAUUGAGUGAUGAAUAUGGGAAUAUGGAUGUGGAGGAAGUGUCCGAUUAUUAUCUUAAAACUAUUGACACAACAAAUGAGUCCCAAUUGAAGGGAGCGUUUAAUGCACUCUAUGGGGAUCUG